AUGGCGUCGAAUCCUGAUGUGGCAAACUACGAGAGCAUCGAAAUGCAAGUCAUGGACGCAUUCCGAUCAAGCAUCGAAUGGCUCCAGCCAGUUGACAGCAUCAUGGAAGAUCUUGACAGCGCUAUAACCAAUCUUGAGCCCCUUGCGAACACCCCUGCCAGCAGGACUUUUAUCGAUAUCCUGAACAAGUGCAGUUAUGCUUCGAGGCAAUGGCUUGGUUCAGAGCCCCAGGAUCCAGACUGGUACAUACACGUCGCAAAAGGAACAUCCAAGGGAGCCUUCGUUGACCUGACCAUUGCUAUCGAUGCUGGCCUGGGUCAGCGCCCUGUCAUCGAGAUUAUGAGCGAUACAUUGCCCCCAGCAUACUUCACACACUUAUCUGAGCCACAUGCACGGAUCAUCGAGAUCGUGCCCAUGGUGUCGAAUAUACAAAUGCGGCCCUUCUACGAACCCGAGAACGACCUGACCGAUAAGGGCGACCCUUUUACUCGUGAGCCCUACAAGUUCGACCCCUCCACGGGCCAGGGCUCAUGGGUAUUCAUACUCGAUACUGAGCUGGCCCCCAUUGACGGCGUGCGAGAAGUCAGGAAAUACGUGAUACCAUCUGACUACUCCGUUGGCAGCCUUUCGGAGAUGAAGAUUGAUCUUGGAUUUGCGUACGGUCCCGAUGACAUGGUAGAUCGAUUUCCAGAUACGCGAACGAAUGACAUCUGGACUAUCACAAGAGGCCAUGGAACACCGGUAGCAUGUGUUGUCGGCGGUGAAGUCAGCCAUAUCACGGACGACUGGGGGGAUGUAGGGGUAAGUCCGCAUGCGAACCUGUUUCUGAUCAAGGUUGCCGGUUCUAUAGAACAACACCAGAAUCCGCACCCGGAGGCGUACCGGCGAGCGUUCGAGAGGGUUCUGGCGGCAAUAGACCUCGAAGGUAUUCCUGGAAGCAAGAGCGUCGUGUUAUUCACAUGGGAGGUGGAUCUGCGUGGCGAAGCCCAGGCCGACAGCGAUGCUGGUCACGACAUGUUUGAUGAGUAUUUAACAGAGUUUGAUAAGCGUGGGGUUACCUUUGUGAUGGCGGCAGACAAUGAGGGUCGUGAUCAGGGACUACAGGUGCCCAAGGCAUAUCUCGGCGACUUGGCGCCCCAGAGUCAUGGAACAUCGAGUAACUCCCUGAUCACGGUUGGUGGAGUGAAUCCGCGAGGGUCGCUCUACGUGGGCACUACACCGGAAGGCGAGAGUGCAUCCAAUAAGGCACCGUCACACCCAAAGAAGGGACCUGGAAGUAUUACUGUUUACGCUAUGGCUCAGCUUGUUUAUAGCUGUCAGGUAAGCGGGGGCAAGGGUACCGUCAACGGCACCAGCUUCGCAGCCUCUGCUAUCGCUGGCUUAGCCGCGUACGUCCUUGCCUUGCCCGAAAACCAAGAGCAAUUUCGAUGGUCGCCGAAUGACUAUGCCAAUAACAACACAGUGGGAAGGCGAGUGAAAGACUAUAUCCAUGCUGAAUCAUUCCAGAGGGUGCCAGAUUCUCUCAAGACAGAUCCGGCUGCUGGUAACUAUCCCUACCCGAUUCCGAGCAAAAUCCACGUAGGGUAUAAUAUGGCUUAUGGCUCGAUCUGCCAAAACUCGAGCGUAGUCGUCAAGCGUGAUCAGCCAAGUGCUUGUGAGGUACCUUGGACCUCAACCCCUACUCCUACUCCGUCGUCGAUAUCUAGCCUGAUAUCAUCCGUCCAGCCCUUCAUCUACCUUCUCGAUAAGCCUCGUCCCUUCAACGGCGACAUCAAGUGCACCGACAGCGAAGCCGACUAUUUACUACACAGGCGCAGAUGGAUGCGCAAACGACGCGUGCACGACAUGCAAAGCAGGUUCUAA